AUGACGUCCCAGGUGCGGCGUCUGAAGGAGACAACGAGGUUGAACAUGGCAGCCUGCUACUUGAAGCUGGGUGAGCACCAGAAGUGUGUCGACGCCUGCAAUCAAGCUUUAGAACUGGGUCAGAAUCCAAAGGCCUAUUUCCGCAGAGCUCAAGCCUACCUCGAGCUGAGCAACUUCAGCCGUCGAGUGCGAUCGUUUGCACAACGAGAUCAGCCGUGCAGUUCAGGACUGGGUCCAGAACUUCUACGUGGACAGCAAGUUGCUCCGCAGCGCCUCCCCGGCAGAUCAAUGUUUGCCGGUGGACUACAAAUCCACCAGCGGAGAACUCUCCGAUGGAUCCACGUUAUGUUGAGCGAGGAAGCCAGCGUGAUGCCCCCACAGCUUCUGAUGCCGCCCUGA